GGAGCUGGGGCGACAGCGAAGUGAACUUGCUGCUCGCCGUGUGCAGCUAUGCGCACCAGAUAAGACGCCCGGGAGGCCGGACACACGUUGCACACCGGCGUCCCCAAAGUCUCCGAGCUCUGUGUGCCUAUAAGAGAGCAGAGGGGGGCCCUCGUUUCGCCGAGGGAGCAGGAGCAAGCUGCUGUGUAGGAGGGAGGAGGGAGCUGGCGGCCUGGUGCGCCGAUCGGUCGAGGCGUCGAGGGGAUCGUCGGUAGCUAGCGAUGGCAGCCGGGGAGGCGGCGGCGCCGGCGGCGGCAAGGGCUGAGUACUUGCUGCGGGGCGCGUGCGCGGCGAUGGCGGCGGCGGGGGCGCUGCUGCUGGGGCUCAGCGCGCAGACCAAGACCGUGCUCUUCGUCCAGAAGAAGGCCGUCCCCAAGGACGUCCAGGCGCUCUGGGUGCUGAUCGUGUCGGCGUCGGCCGCGGCGGGGUACCACGUCGUCCAGCUCGCCCGGUGCCUCUACACGGCCCGCCUCGCCACCGCCGGCGCCGGCGCUGGCGGCCGGCGUCUCAGCCGAGGGAUCGCGUGCGUCUCCUUCCUCCUCGACAAGGGAAGCGCGUACAUGGUGUUCGCGACGACGGUGGCGGCGCUGCAGGCGUGCUUCGUGGGGCUCAUCGGCGUGGACGCCCUGCAGUGGAGCAAGCUCUGCAACAUCUACACCCGUUUCUGCGAGCAGGCCGCCGCGGGGAUGGUCUGCAGCAUGCUCGCCGCCGUGGGCAUGGCCGUCCUCUCCGCCUUCUCCGCGCGAGAACUCUUCCGCCGCCCCGUCGGCGCUCUGGGGUGGAACGGAUCGCAGGGAAGCUCGAGGGACCUCUGAUCUGUUGCAGAGGAACAUUUGGCACGGGAUGAAAAAAAAAAGGGGGGGGGGGGGGGGGGGGGGGGGCUGAAGAGAGUGCUACGUGUUGGCUCUUUUUGUUGUCCAAGCUUUGCUUGCAAGGCUAAGAUUAGGAUUGCCCGACCGUUCGAGUUUAUACGAAACAUUGCAUCUGUUUGGCGAUAAGACUCACAAGUUUGUUUGAGCGCGAAUGAGCAAAAAAGUUCAGAUUGAAGGUGAAAAGUGUAAGUUAAUAUAGGAUCGAACAAAGACUCAACACUGAGAUCUUAUCAUGCUUGUGGUACCGGUAGUCGUUCAAAAAAAAAGAAUGAAUUGAGUUGUCUAAACAGUAUCUUUGA